UUCGCGAGGCCGCGCCCCCCUCCGUCCCUUCUUUUUUUCACCGCGGGGUUAUCUACCCAGCCCUGCGUACCCGCGAUUCUAUUGGCCGGCAGCUUCCAAUUCCUGCCAUAACGACGCCUGCUCCCAAUCCCCCCGUGAAUCCCGCCCGAGCAUCACGACGCCGGCGUGAUCCCAUCCCAAUCCCGAUGACCGAGCAGAGCACCAGCGCCCUCUUCGCCUCUCCUCGCCUCCUCGCCUCACCGGCGCCCCUCCUCCCAAGCACUCCCUCGCCGGCGCCCCUCCCUCCCUCCUCCCUCCGGCGCAUCGGGCCUCGAGCUCGCCGGCCGAGCAGAGCACCGGCUCGAGCUCGAGCACCGUCGCAGCCUCCUUCCCUCCCGGCCUCCUUCGCGCGGGGCCACAGCGGUGGCGACCUCCUUCGCGCGGGGCCACAGCGGCGGCGACCUCCUUCGCGCGGGGCCAGCGGCCGUGGAGGCCCGCGCGGGGCUACGGCGGCCGACGGCCGGGUCCGCGAGGGGCCACGGCGGCGGACGGCCGGGUCUGCGCGGGGCCAGGCGCGGCAAUGGACGCCGCCUCCCCCACGCCCAGGCAGACGGCGACGUUGGUCCCUGCUCCGGAUGGUUAGACGCGGGUUUCCUCUCGGUCCAAUCGAGAUCCAGCGGGUGCUCUCCCCGCGCGGGCGGCUCCGCCGGCCGUGUGCUGCGGCGGUGACGGCGGCCGCGGCUCACAGGCGCGUGCUAUCGGGGCGGCGCGGCAGGCCGCGGGGGCAAGCGCUGCUCGGGCGGGCGCGUCGCGCACCAGGCAGCGGCGAGCGCGGCGGCGCGUGCUGCAGGGUGAUGGCUGGCCCAGGGCAAGCGCGGCUCGGGCGGGUGCGUCGCGCAUCGGGCAGCGACGAGCUCAGCGGGAGGUCGUGCGACCGCGGACGGCCUGCGCGGCUUAGGCUGGCGCGUUCCAGGCUAGCCUCCUGGCGUUCUUCCCCGCGCUCGCCUCCGUCAAGAAUGCAAUGGGAUUCGCCUCACUGCGGGCCGCGAGUUUCAACUGGGGACGCGUCCUCUUGGCCUCUUCUUCGGCCUCCGGAACCGUCGAGUAGGCAGCGCCGCCACCAAAAAAGACGGGUGACUAGGCAUGAGGAGAUGCAUGUGCCACAUGUCCUAUGUUAACUUUUGAGAUCAAGCAUUCCACUUUUGGGGAGAAUCUUAACACUUGGCUGAAUUCACUUCUCACCUAAGACUCAUCCUCAGGUAUAUACAGGCAACCAUUACUUUUCCACAAGCUUGCGAUUUUAUGUAAAUUUUAAGCACUAACCAUUGCUUUUUGUGAUCUUCAUAUGUGAAUUCGAAUCCUGCUGCACAUAUGGUUAGAAACAAUGAUAUCCUUGGCUUCCAACUUGGUUUACUCAUGUAUGGUUUAGACAUGUAAAAUGGUAUCAAGAUGUAGUUAUUUCUUUACAGAAGUAAGCAUCUUCAAUUGGAGAGGAAUCAAAUUAAUAUUUUCUAGACUAGGUGGUUAACAUGGAGCUAGCUACUCUUAGCUUUUAUAGUAGGAGAUUAGAUGACGAAAAUUCUAAGGACUCAGGAGGAAUUCUUUGAGAUUAUAAUUUUUCUGAUUUCGGAAUGUCAUAAUCUGCAAAAUGAUUCAUUUUUGAUAACAUGAGGUUUUGCAUGAUGUUUUCGAAAUAUUUUUGGAACGUCUUAUUAAAGGGAUCAGGUGCACAUAGCUUAGUAACUAGCACUUGAUGAUUUUCUAAUUUAUUUGCACUCCAUAUUUGUGGAAGAUGCAUGCUCCAUUUUCUCUCCAUAUUUGCACUUGAUGAUGUGGUCUGUGUUAGAAAAUAAGCACCAGUUCAAUGUUUGCUUGCUGGUUUUGGGGACGACUGCAUGAGCUAAGAGAACAGACUUUUUUUCUUUUUCUUUUGAUUGACAUCAAAUCUCUCCUUUUGUUUUCUUUUGGUUUUGAGUUGAUUAUCUUUCCUUUUGUGUGCCGAUUAACAUACUCUGGUUAACAUUCGUAGGUUAACUUUCUAAAUAAUGUUUCCCAAUAAUUUUGGUAAGAAUCGGAUCCCAAUAUUUCCUAAUAGCUUUACUGUGCUGACUUCAUUUCCUUUUUGUGUUCACCGGCUUGUUGAAUGUCUGGUGAUUAUCCCUUGUAUCUUUUGGUUAUUAGGUCUACAAGCUCCUCCCCGUUUGUUUCCUUUUGGUCAUACUGAUGAGUAAAAUGACACGACACAAUUUUUGUUCCUCUGUAGCUUGAAGGACAGCUACUUGGUGAAAUACGCACUAGCUUUAGUAAGUUCUGUUCUUUUGUUCUAUUUGUCUGUGCUAUAGUGUGCCACACUUGCGCUUUUAGGUUUGAAAGCUAUAAUUUGUUAACAUAGAAUUCUAAUGACAUGUCCAAAUGAUAUUGGUGGAAACCUAAAAAUAGGACGAUUCUAUGGCUUGAUGCCCUGCUAUAUGCUUUCUAAAAACCAUCGCACAUUGUUUAUUAUUCUUAUUGUACUCGACAAUAAAAAAGAUUUCCUAAAAUGAGCUAUAUUUGGUUUACUGCUGAGAUAACCUGCAUUUGGUUCCUUCAGAGAAGUAUUUCCUUUCAGUGCCUCUUUUAACUUGUAUUUGGUUCCUGAGAUAACCUGUAUUUGGUUCCUGCUAAAAUCUUCUCCCUUGCUGUUUGGAUAAAUUUGUUCAUGCAAGCAUGGGUUUAUUGCCAUGUUUAAUUGCCUAUCUUUGGUUGUCAUGCAUGUUUUAGUGACUUAUAAAGUGCUACAAAUUUAAGGUAGUCAGAGUUGGCCGAGCCUAUAGUGGUUCCAACCAUGCAUGGACACCCUAUAUACUUGUUGGCCGAGCCUACAAGUUUAGAGGUAUACAAUGGAACUAAUGGCUUGCUUGGUGGUGGUAGCCACCUUGGACCUUGGUCAUACAAAUAUCAAGAAAGAUAUCGCCAUUAGCCUAUUGCACCAGUGCUUGAUGUGCCAUUACAGCAGCUGGUAUGGAUGACCAUGCAAGGAAAUGAGUUUCAUAAAGUAAAGAUUUCCGGUAGAUUCAUUGAAGUGGGGGGCUUAAAGUUCUUUGGAUCAUUGGGGCAUAUGCAGUCCUGACAUCAGUCAUGAGAGGUGUCAAUUUUAAUUAUGCUUUGCUGGACUUUAUAAAGCAGGCAAGGUAUUUGCAGCAAUGCAUUGCUGAAACUUUCGGUAUUGUUUGCUUGAUCUAUUUUAGUUGAAGCGUGCUGCAUGUUUAGAUGAACAAACUUCCUUAUUUUUCUCUUUUAAUUACAUAGUAAAUAGAUAUAUGGCACACAUCACAAUGCAUGUUUAAAAGCAAGUUAUGUCUAUAUUCCAAUUUUUAACUCAUGGUUGUUGCCCCUGUCAUUUUGUUUAAUGUGAUAUUCCUAAAAUUAGGAUGAUAUAAUUUUUUUUGUAGGGUACUAGGAUGAUAUAAUUACUCAUGGUUGUUAAUGCAGAUAGUAUCACGAUGUUAUAUCUUAUACGUGCUGUCCAUGUAUAUGACCAUUAUUAGAUUAACGUUAUUCAGAAGUUACAGGAAAACCACAUGCUGUUGGAUCAUCAUCUGGGGGGCCACUAUUAGAGCUCAACGCCAAGGGAAAACCACAUCCAUUGUUGUUUCAAAGCAAAAUGAUUUAGUUUAUUCCAUCUCUCUUCCUUUGCUAAUUCAAGUUAAAUUCUUUUAUACAGGCUCGCUAAAAUAUAUUUGUUUUAACAAAAUGUGUUUCUUGUCUAUAUCCUUUUAAUGGUUAACAUUAUUCAAUCGAAAUGUAAUUCAGUGAUGCAUCUUGUAGCAGCACUGCAGCAGGAGCUUCAGAUGUAGAUGAGGCCGUGCCAAGCUUUGUACUCCGUUAUUUGUUUGUUGAGACAAUUGACGGAUGCAUGGUUACAACAGAAUGGUACCGGGUUUCCUUUUCUAUCUUUUGUAUCAAAUAUUGAUGCGGCUAUGACUAACAAAAUUUCAAUUUUGAUUACUAUUGUUGGAGUUUUAUUGUAAAAAAUACUCUGAUUUCCCUUAUCUUAUUAAGUUGAUGUUUUUAUUUCCAGUCUGGACUAUAUGACAUGGUCAAAAAGUUCAGCUCUUGAAUCUUAGUGUUUUGCAUUUUACUCUGCAGCUUAUGUCAAGUAAACCCUUUUAGAUAGUUGGUAUGAGACAAAAUGUGAAGGUGUUUUCUCCAAAGCUGACAAUUAAAACAGAGGAUAGCUUGGACUUUUGAACUUGUCAUAGAUUACCCUUUGGAAAAACAAUAAUAGACAUUGCUUGAUUCAAGUGUGAAAAUGGAUCCUGGUGGGAUGGAAUAUUUUAUGGGAUGGCUAAUUAUUGUUGAAAAAAAAUAUAAGCUUCAUGUUAUCUCAGAAUUCAGAUGACCAAUCAGACCCAUGGUGAAUUCUUUGAAGACAAGUGUGCAUGGGCUAGAGAUCGUUUUGGAUGAGAUCUACUCUUAUGUGACCUUUUUUUGAGAAGGAUAUCAAACAGGACCUGACCUGGCCGUUUACUGUUUGGAUCAGCCAUCAGGGAGUAAAGUGCUCCCCGUCGUGCUCGCUCGCGGAACAGUGUUGCCAGCCAACCAGCUCAGCCAACCGAACAAGCCAUUAGAUAGUUGUAUAGUACAGUGUCAUAUAUGAACAAGUAUAUGUGAAAAUGAUCUCAUAAAAGACUUCAUAAAUGAAUUCAACUAAAGUAUUAAUAUCGAA